GAGUGAGCAAUAUAUGUAAACAAUAUUUUCUUCUGCUAAGACGAAUUCCCCUACUUCCGGUGAGGAACUCUUUUGUACUUCCUUUUUCACGACGGCCAUCUGUAAGAGGCAUGGCCCCUAAACGAAACAACGUUAUCCCGAAUGGGCAUUUUCAUAAAGAUUGGCAACGCUAUGUGAAGAAUUGGUUCAACCAACCAGCCAGGAAGAAGAGGCGACAUGAUAACAGAAUCAAAAAAGCUCUCCGAAUUGCACCCAGACCCGUAGCUGGUUCGCUUAGACCCAUCGUGAGAUGUCCAACUUUCAAAUACAACACGAAAAUCCGAGCUGGCAAAGGAUUUUCACUUGAUGAGUUGAAGGCUGCUGGAAUUAACAAGAAAAUAGCUCUUACUAUUGGAAUUGCUGUGGACUACAGGCGCCGUAACAAGAGCUUGGAGUCCUUGCAGCAAAAUGCACAGAGACUGAAAGAGUACAAAUCCAAGCUGAUUCUCUUCCCCAAGAAAAAGAGUCAACCCAAGAAGGGAGACGCCACAGUAAGAAUGCUUUUUUAUCAUCUCAAUUUGAUCAUACAGAAUUUGCAAUAAAAAAUUAAUGUGGGUUUUAAAAAAUUUAGUUUUGAACUAUUCUGACACUUGCAUUAUUUUAUUAGCUCUGACACUUGAGGUUUCAGCUCAAGUGAGCUUUUCUUAUCACAUUUUGUUCAGCCAUCUUGCCAUCUGUAAACUUUUUAACAUUAUUUUCAACUUCUUCUCCAGCACCAAUAGACCAUGUCCAUCUGUAAACUUUAAAGGUUUCUUCUUUUAAGGGGAGAUAAUGAAGAAAGUGAAAAUUUGGUGGGUUCUCAAAAGCCACUUGACUGAAAUCAUAUUUGAAAGCAUCAUCAGUGCAAAUUUAAAUUUGUUUAGAUCAGGGGGGGGGGGGGGGGGGGGGGGGAGAACUACAAAAGGGGGUCAAAGUUUUACAAGGAAAUGUGUAGGAAAAACCUUUAAAUAUAUUUUUCUUCAGAACAGCAUUGAUUGCUAUUUAAGAGGGUGUCCAUUAUGAUAUCAGGCAGAGGUCGGCACAUGCUAUCUCUCAGAUUUUCAUGAAACUUUGUGCACAGGUUCCUACUGACCCCAAUAUGAAAUUUGCCAAAUAAAAAGUUUCUAUCAUGUUUAGUAUGGGUUCGAGAUGGAAAAACAACUUUGAGAUAAUUUUCGGUGCAAAAAGGUCACAAAAUAUUUGGAAAAAAGUGCUAUGUUUAAACAGCUCUAAAAUGUCAUAUAACAAAGAAAUAGAGAAAAGCAAUAUUUUAUAUGUUUAGAUAUACACUAUAUGCAAUAACUAAGAGGGUUUUUGUGUGUAUAUUCAUCCAAUGAAUGAAUUUAUUGUUAAAAUUGCACAUAUUUCACACCAAUAUAUUUUACAAAAUAAUGAUCAAAAUUUAAGAUCUCAUAAAACCCAAUACAAUGUCUCAAAAGAAAUAAAUUAUGUAUAACCAGAAACUUGAAGAGGUGUAUUUCAAGUUACAAAAAUAAAUUCAGUGGUUUGAUGGUGAAAAGUUGAACUGAAAUCUCAAAAUUUUCAAUAAGUGCAAAAAGGUCAACUACUUAAAUGAAGAUUGUUGAACUACAUAAAUAGAAAUAAAUAUGAAGUAGAUAUAACCAAUCAAUGAUUAAAAUUCAUGAAAAA